AUGGCUUCCAAUUUAAGAACUGUGAUUGAAAAUGACGUCUUCAUACGAAGAAAAGGAGACAAGUAUUUGACAUCGAUUGUUUCGAACGCUUUCAACAACAUCGCUGCAAAAAGCCAGUAUAUUGGAGAUGACAUGAAGAUUGACCUGAUCUUUCUAACGGAUGUUCUUGGCCUAGAAACCUUGACCUUUCCAGGCGAUUCUACGGUAGAUUUGUCAGCUCAGAUUGAAACAUCCACUGGUGAGACAUAUUACAUGAUGCAGUCAAUUGUCAACGCCGCGGUACCAGACAAUUUAAAGCAACUACGACCGGUCAACGACAUUUAUGCCGGCAGAGAACAGAUAUCUCAGAUGUUGUCCAUAAUUGGAGGUGGGAUAAACCUGACAGAUACAAGCCUUAGUGACGACGAGAGGGCCUGGUUGUAUUUCCGCCUGCAGAAAAAAUUGGCGUUUCAAACAGCAGCCAAGAAAGUAAAUGGCAAAAACGCAGCUGCAAUGGCGAUUAGCCUUGCUCAAAAGAACCAGGACGAGCUUCGAGUCUGCAAAACAUGCAGCAAUCAAAAUAGUACAAAAACGGAACAGCUUGUGUCAAAAAACAACGCAGCGAACAUAACGACCAGUAUGACCAACACCAAAACAUCAGCCUUCCAACUGACCGGGUUAAUUGACGCCAUUGCAAACAGCAGUGCUGGCAGGAAGAAGAGAUCUCUGGAAGACAUUGCGGGAGAAGAUGUUUCAGUGUCUGCCUUUGAAUUCACAGAAAAUGUUUACAUGUAUGAUACGGACGGCAUGUCGAGUUAUGUCACAUCGAAUGUAUUACGUAUCGACGUCAAAACACCAACGGCGCGUGUAACACCCGGUUAUAUUACGUUUGAACAAGACGUCAUAACGCCUGCCGCUGUAACUAUUUCUCCCAAGGACAUAGUUGACGACGAAGAUGCAUCUGAAUUUACAUACCAUCGUUUUAUAUACGGAAAAGCAAGCGAUAACGUCUGUUUGAUGGUCAAGCCAAUAGGGGUUGUCACAUUUAAAACAUACGACGUAUAUUUGGGGCUCAGCGUGUCUCCCUCAAUCAAGGAGUUUCAUUUGAAAUUUACGUUGGAUGUUGAAAACAAUUGGCAGACGUGCAUUGACUCCAGAGAAAUGAUUGGACACACGGGAUCUGUCUAUUACGCUGUACAUGUACCCGGAGAAGUGAAACAGAUUGACUAUAACCUCACAUUGAUAACUGUUGGGUGCCUGACAUGGAACGAAAUGCAGACAAAAUGGGAAACGGACAAAUGUGAGAUGGAAUGGAAACCGUCAGUAAAUAGAAUCGUUUGUUUUUGCAAAGAAGUUACGGAUCUUGUUUUUGCAAAUUCUUUUUUCGUUGCACCCAAUACGAUAGACUUUGCGACAGUGUUUCUCAAAUUUUCUCCACUGAGCCAAGCUGCAGUUCUAGGUGCUCUGUCAAGUCUACUGUUGAUAUACAUCGUGGCAGUGCUGUUUUUGAUCGGAUUGGAUAGGCGGGACCAGCUGAAGUGGGGUGUUACACCAUUACGCGACAACGCUCUUGGAGACAGCAACUACUAUAUGAUAAAGGUUAUGACAGGAAUGCGGCGGGGGGCAGGGACCACAUCUAGAAUCGCAUUUGUUUUGACCGGAGCCGAGGGCGAUACUGGUCCGCGUGAAAUGUUCGAUGGAGUAAGAAAGGAAUUUAGCACUGGAAGCGUUAUGUCAUUCUUCAUGGCGACAAAGCGACACUUGGGACCGCUAGAACACCUUUACAUUUGGCAUGAUAACCAGGGUGAUGGGGACGAAGCCUCGUGGUAUCUCAACCAAGUUGUUGUCUACGACAUUGAAACUAAGACAGUGUACACCUUUGUUGCAGAGAAAUGGCUGUCGGUGGAAACGGAAGUUGAUACAAAUAUCCCAGUUACAGCACCUGAGAAACCAGUGCAGUUUGAAAGCAGAUUUUUCUAUCAGACACGAGACCGGCUGUCAGAGAGUCACAUGUGGGUAUCGAUUCUAUACCGACCGGAAACAAGCACUUUUACCAGGGUUCAAAGGGCAUCCUGUGCUCUGGUGUACAUCAGUCUUACCAUGAUUGCCAAUGCCAUGUAUUUCAACCCUGAAGAAGAGUAUGAAAGUCCGCCACUUGUUCAAGCCGGACCAUUUAGAUUCACAGCGCAACAGAUUUUCAUCUCAAUAGUGUGUGCCCUUAUAACAACCCCUCCUGUGAUGCUCCUCAUAUUUCUGUUCAAACGAACCAAGCGAAGACCUCCAGGAGCUGGAAUAUACUGCAGUUGUUGCUGCGGUGGAUCGUGUUGCCGAUCGUGCAGUGUUUGUUGCUGGCGAUUGUUUAGAACACCAGAGAAAGAGAAACAAAGGCUGUAUGAGCAAAUGUUGAAAACGAAAAUGCUUUGCGCGAAUGUGCCAGAAUUCUCUGGAUUUUACCUUCCCUGGUGGUGCAUAUAUUUUGCAUGGGCCUUGUUUUUAGCGGGUACAAUUGUCCCAGCAUUCUUUGUGUUGUUGUACAGUAUGCAGUGGGGAAAACAGAAGUCAGAAGAAUGGUUAACUUGUCUUUUGAUGUCCAUGUUUGAAUCAAUGUUGAUCGUGGAUCCUUUCAUGGUUGUGCUGAUAGCAUUUGUGUUAGCCUGUAUCUUUAAAACAUCGAGAGAGGACAAAACUAUCGACGUUAGUGUUAUGAUUGAAAACUACCGGAAGUCAAUAGGAGAAACUCAAGAUAACGUAUCUUCAAGCAUCACCAUACUGAAACGCCUUACGGACGAAUAUCGGUCUUAUGUGUCACUUCCUAGAAGCAUCACACAACCCUUAAAAGGAGCGAACCUUGAACGAGUUGCAAAUAUCUGGAAAAAUGAACAAGAUUUAAUGGCAGUUUUCAAGGACAUUAUUCUCAAUCUGCUGUUUAUGUUCAUCAUUUUCUCUAUUGCAUUUAGCAAUCGGGAUGACAGGUCUUACCAACUUCACGAGGUAAUAAUCAACCAGUUUGUGACGCCAUGGAGACAGCCACACUUUGCGCAGAUAAAGACCCAAGGAGACAUGUACAAUUGGCUCAAUGUGUCUGUUAUACCAAGCUUAUUUCCGGAGUUCGAUAUAAACGGAAGUCCACUGCAUUGGUACGACAAGAAAUUCAUGGCUGGUUACAAUACCAUGAAGCUUGGACCCCCCAGGCUGCGGCAGCUACGGGCAAAAAACGGCACAACGUGUUUUAUACCAUACAUCGGAGACGUGCAAUGCUUUGAUGAGUACAGCAUUUUCACAGAAGACGAGGAAGAGUUCUGUAUUGGUUGGGAGAGUACGCCGUGUAACGAUAUUGAGAGUGCGUUCAAUGUUUCUGUUGAUGCCUGGAGCUUUACAUCAGCUGUCGACAUUUGGGGACUGCCUUUGUCUGGAUUUUACACAACUUACGGUGGAGGAGGAUAUAUCGCACAGUUUGACGUUGGUAGAGACGUCUCCAUCGAACUUGUAAACGAAUUGUUUCGAUCGUUAUGGGUCGAUCGACAGACGCGGGCUGUUUUCUUCGAAUUCACGCUAUACAGUCCUUCUACAAAUAUGUUUAUUUACAACGUAUUCCUGAUAGAGUUUCCACAAACUGGGGGAGCUUUUACAACAUACUGGGUGUAUCCGAUACGGGUGUAUACGCAUGUUGGUGCGAUUGGAACGUUUACUCUAUUUUGUGAAGUUAUUUUCGUCAUCUAUUUAGUCGUCCUUCUCGUUAAAUUGUGCAUACGUAUUUAUCAAAAACGAAUGGAAUUCUUUUCCGAGUUCUGGCAAGUUUAUGAGCUGCUCAUGUUCUCUCUCGGUGUGACAUCAAUUGCAAUAUAUGCUAUUCGUCUAGGGUUUACCUACAUGACAAUUGACAAAUACAAAGAAAACAUAAAAAAUUUCGUCAACUUCAGCCAUAUUGUUUUUUGGGAUCAAAUUCUUGUCGCCUGUUUAAGCAUUCUUGUGUUUAUGGCAACUCUUAGAUUCUUGGAGGUGUUUGCUACUUCAAAGAAAGUCAGUGCUUUGGUAAAUGUGUUUCGAGAAUGUGGUAAAGACUUGUUUUGGUAUGGCACAGCAUUUCUACAUAUGUUUCUAGGCUUUUCUUUCCUAGGAUACCUGUUGUUUGGAUCUCGUCUGUUGUCGUAUAUGAGCGUCUUCAAGUGCUUAGGCACGCUGUUCAUUUCAAUGAUCGGGAAAAGCAAAUUUACUGAAAUCAAUGAAACGCAGCCAUUGUUGGCUAAGAUAUAUUUUCUCUUUUACAUUUUGACCAUAGUAUUCUUUGUGUUAUCUAUCUUUCUGUCCAUUCUUGGUGCAAGUAUUGAUAACUCUGUUCAAGAUGCAAAGGCAGACAGUAAAGAAGAUUUAUUUGAGCUUCUGAUACGUAAAGUGAAAACAAUGAUUGCAAAGCCAGACGCCAGUAAGAAAUCCUCACCGAAUAUGCCAUCUCAGCGCUCAAGUGAUAAAAUCAAUCGAAUGUUGUCUUUGACGCCUCCUCCGUUCCAAGUAUUCCAUUUGGGGGACUCACAGACAGGGAAUCAAGGGAGUAAGGCCAUCAUGAACAAUUUGCUAUCUCCAAAUAAACUUGAAGAAAGGAUCAAUAGCCAGGCGUUAAGCCGUAAAAAAUCAGACCGGCGAAAAAAAGGGCCAGUUUCUUUGGAUUGA